AUUUUCCUAUUUUUUACAUUUUUUAUGACUUAUUAUUCUUAAUUUAUUUUAUAAAUAAAAAUUUUAAAAAAUGUGUGAUUAUUUGACUGGACAAUUUUUUUAUACUGAAUUUUUUAAAAAAUAAAGUUUUCUAAAUUUAAUUAACAUAAAAAUUGUAUUUGAUUUUGUAAGAAAAUGUAAAUUAAUCGAAAAUAUCCAAAUGUGUAAAAUCUAUUGUGGAAUUGUGAAAUGACUGGGACAGUAAAGGCUAAGGGUAGAUUUGGUCGCAUUUUCGACUCUUUGAGGUUUAACUGGACCAGGCGUCGUUAUAUUUGGCGCGCUUCCUUUUUCUAUAAACUUGUCAGUUGGAUUCUAAUGAUCGGAUUACUAAUAACGACUGUAUUUUAUUAUUUAAUAACGAAGUAUUCGUUCUUUGUAAAUUACAGUUGUUCUGCUCGUAGUAUCAAUAUGAUUAACCUGUUCAUGAUUUCUAUCUCGGUUACUACGGCUAUAUUAUUGGUGUUAUCGGUAUAUUUGGCUCGUAUGUGUAACUUGUUUUCGAAUUAUACGAUGAGGCAGUUUGUGACUACUGGUCGUUUUAUGCACUUUGCUGGCUGUACUGUUAAGUGGCUUCCAUGGGUGUCGGCAGUUGUUAUGUGGAUUUGGUUGGCAAUUCAGUUCUCCAGCCUCAUUUGGAUUUUCGUUAACCCAAAACAAUGGUGUGAUCAUCGUUUUGAUGAAUCGGCCGUCAACGCCGUUAGAAACUGCAGACUCAUUUUAAAUAAAAAUAUACCUUGUCAAAUCGUGUUUGAGAAUGUAACGCCUAGGGAGAUAAGGAACUGUAACCAUCCAGAAUACUUGAUAACCAGGAAAAUUGUACUACUCGCACUAAAAGAUUCAACCUCAAAAUGCUCAAUAGAAGAUGUCACUGUAUGCAAUGCUUACAGAGAUGCAAUCACUAAAGACGAUUUCAACUUUGAUGAACCAGGAUUGGGUGGUUGUUACGGAAAGAUUCCGCAGGAUAUGAGCAGUUUCAUCGACGAGAAGAACUCGAGCGACCUCUACAAAUACAUUUUACUGUUCAACAUUUUCUGGUCCGUCAUGUUUGUGGUUAUUGUGUGCAUCUUCUACUUCAUCAAAAGCGUAACGAAGUUCGACGCCAUCAUCUACCAACCCAAAGACCCCUCUGAUAACAUCAUAAUUAAAAUAAUAAGGCCAUUCACUCCAUGGACCAAAUAGUAACACAUACUUUAUUUUUUAAAAAAUCAACACAAUU